AUGACAGUUUCACGACUUUUUCCUCUAGCAUUAGCCUUUGGCGUAGCCUUAAUCAUCGCCAUUUCUACUGUAUUUACUUUCAUAAAUGGAUACAGGGAGGACUUGAUUUAUCAAAUCAAACGAAGAGGACAAACGUUAAAGAAAAACUCAAAGCCUAACGAGGAAGCCACCUCUUCGUACCGGCUUCCGAAGUACAUCCGUCCGAUAUCCUACGACAUUUAUAUUCAUCCGAAUUUGACAACUUUUAAGUUCUCAGGCAAUGUCAAAAUCAAGUUACGGUGUUACAGACAGACGAAAAAAGUGGUAUUACACACGCAUGAUCUCCGGAUCGGCGAAAUAAAGAUUAUGGAUUCGAAAGAGAAGAGAUUGAUAAUUUCACGAGGAAUGCGACACGGGAAAAGACAGCAAUAUGUGAUAAUAAUGAAAGAGGACCUCAGAAAAAUGGCGACUUACAAGCUUUAUCUUACAUUUAAUGGAGCUUUAUCGGACGGCCUGGAAGGUUUUUAUAAGAGCAGUUACAAGACGAGGAGCGGAAACGUAAGGUACGUUAACGUUAGAAUUGUCAAACAAUGCUCCUUUCAGGUAUACGUUAUCGAUUUCAUUCUAUUGUCGUUAAAGCUUGGAAAAAUAUCGGAAAUGCAGUGACAGAACUAUCCGCUCUGUUUAUUAUUCUCAGGUUUUUCUACAGCUAACCUUUGUUCGUUUGUUGUUAGCUCUAAGCCGCCACAUGCUAUUGGGCUAAAACUUAAGGCGGUCAUCGCGGAACACGCACAAUCCGAAACCAGAGUGAAAUAUCAGUCCAAUCGAGCGAUCGAUAUAUCUUCACAGGCAAAGAUAUUUCAGGUUACUUCCUCAGACUGUUUCAUAAAUGAAAAUGAAAGGUCAGUUUGUCUAGGAUUUCGUCAAAGAGGGCUAUGACUGUAAUUACUUUUCCAAUCUGAUUCUUACACAGAAAAACUCUAUCACGCCGAACUCCUUUAUAUUUUGUUCGUACGUUUUCAGAUAUCUCGCAACAACUCAAUUUGAAGCGACAAAUGCACGUUCGGCCUUUCCUUGUUUCGACGAGCCUGCGUUCAAGGCGAUCUUUCGCAUCACCAUAGUGCACGAUGACAGUUAUAGGGCACUGUCAAACAUGCCUUUGGAAUCGUGUGACAGGAGGUAUGAUGGGCUUUUGGAAAGUCAUUUCCGCGCAAGUGCUCCCAUGCCAACAUAUCUGGUGACGUUUAUUGUAUGUGACUUCGAGCACAAGGAAGCAAGCACCAAAAGUGGAAAGAAGGUAACAUAGUUAGGUUUCUAAUCAGUCAAUUCUACUGUACAUCGGUGGUGCACUCUUGUUAGCGAAAUGCAUAUUUCAUGACGUGCAACCUUGAUAACUUUUUCGAGAAUAGUAACUGUUAAUUAGGUAUUAUUGAAUUAAUGACGUAGAAUCAGUUUAAGGAAAUGGAUUUUAUUGAUUUUUUCAUUGUUAAACAGAUUUACAGUUGUUAUCUGAAAAUGAUGUUCAAAAAAUUAUACAAAAUUCACUUCUUCAAUUUAAUAAUACUAACAAUAAUAAUGAUAAAUAAAUAAAUAAAUACUGGGCUCCUGUUAAUACCUAACUUAAUUAUCCUCUACUCUUAUGGGGCGUUUCAAAAGGAACUUUUAACAACGUAAGGGACAAACCAGUACUUGCAAGUGGGGUCAAGGAUUUGAACUCGGGACUACGGAAAACAAAUCCAGCAAGCGAUAAAGAACUUGAGCUCGGGCCUCCGAAUUACAAGUCCAGUGCUCUUACCGCUCGGCCACACUACGUACUGCCUCUUCAUCUCCAGCAAAAAUUUUCUCUCUUUGUCGACAGAUAAAAGUGUGGUCCAAACCUGACGCUAUCAACAGUACAGAUUUUGCUCUCAAUGCUGCCAAACACGCUUUGGAGUAUUAUGAGGAAUUUUUUAACAUUUCGUAUCCACUGCGAAAAAUGGGUAAGGACAGGACUUUCACAGGCGCAUUACGUCACUCUUUGCUUCUUAGUCACAGAAGACAGGUUCUUAAUCCCGCCAACAUGCCUUUUUUACAGCAGUAUCGUUUCCAGUUCAACUACUUUAAAAUUUAUUUUUUUCAUCAAUCUGCACCAUAACUUAUUUAAUCGGUCUAACAAGAAACUGAUGGGGUCGUUAAAUUGGCCCAUUGUAGAUUAACGGACGACCAUGUGGGGUAUUAAGGAAAACAUGUUUAAUAAUAACUACACGAAUAACAAAAAUAGCUUGAAAUGUGGCAGAUUAUUUUCUAAAUUUCUUCCGCCGUGCAGCGCCAUAUUAUCAAGAUGCCGUUGCCCAUCCAGACAAUGUAAUGCUUAGAACGAAGUAGAAAAUAGUUCCUUUGGUUAUUGGACACAUGCUGCAACCAUGGCCAAUGCAUGGGCUGAACCCCCAAAAAACGAGAAGCUUGUUUCAUCUAAAUUCUAUAGACGGAACCUCGCUAGUUUCGAACAGUUUUUAUUGCAGACAGCUACAAGCAGCUGACCAUCCUGCACCACAAGCAAAGGUGCAGGCGUUCUAAGUUCUUAGAAGGUUUCUCGAGAGCUGAUUAUCAUGAUUGGCAGAUACAGCAGAUGCGAAUGGAAACACAUUUAGGUGGCAUGAAAGUUGCAAGAUCCUAAACCAUUCGAAAAGCUGCGAUAGUCUUGCCCUUUUUGACUGUUGUAUUUUUCUUUACUUUCAUAGUUUCUUAGUAAAUAAAUUCAACAUCAGUAAAGGAGCAAUUUUAGGCAAGGCCUCCGGUUGGACCAUUGUAAAGCUGCUGUUUGUCCAGUUAAUUAAAAAAAUUGUUGUUCGAAACUAUAUUCCAGAUCUGAUUGCAAUUCCUGACAUGGGCGGCGCUAUGGAAAACUGGGGCAUUAUAACAUUUCGUGAGUCCGCUAUGCUUUUUGACCCGAUAACAGGAAGCGCUGCUGACCAGAAGUUGGUGGCAAUGAUUGUGAAUCAUGAAGUUGCGCACCAGGUAGAAUUUAUCAACUGUAUUCCAGGUUCAAAGAAAAAAUCCUUGAAGAGCCAAACAUUCUUUCCAUCUUUGUUAAUUAAUACAUUAAAGCGGUUAAACCUAUUCUAUCUGAAGAAGAAAUGCCCGUAUGACUGCUGUCUUAACGACACACUGUCCCACCCGCACUAUAAGUUAUUGGAGAAGAUAUGCUCUAUCCUGCAUCUUCGUGUGUGAUUUUGUUGGAUUUUCCUUAUGUUUUACUGACUCCGGUUCAUUGAUAUAUUUUUCCAUCAGUCUUUUUAUUUAACAUUUUUUUUCUUUGCAGUGGUUUGGUAACUUAGUGACCAUGAGCUGGUGGAAUGAUCUCUGGUUGAAUGAAGGAUUUGCCGUUUACCUGGAAUAUCUUGCUACUGACGACUUAAACUAUAAAUGGAAACGGGUGAGAGCAAGUACUCACUCAUUCUCUAAAUCUUAAGUUUAAGAUAUAUCAGACUAUUGUUAAAGUAGAAACGUCCAUGAAAAUCAAUGCUGUCACUCAAUGGAGUGGCCAUGUUGAGUUUAAUUAAUGUAGAGAGCUGCAUGAGGAGACGGGAUUAGGAGGGCAACAGGUGGCUCUCCCACGCACAAGAUUUCAAACUGACGUAACAAAGAGCACAAAAUAACAACAAUAAGCUUUUUCUUGAAAAGUCCCUCUGAUGUUCCAUUUUCUCUCAAAUCUGAAAACGACUACGACCAUCCAGUCAAUUGAAAUACGACUUCCCUUAUAGACACCCAUCGAAAUAAGAUCCAAACAGCAUUUUCUCAACUAACAUCGAUCACUUUUGUGAAAGGUACUCUGCUUUACCUUAUGUACUUAGUUUGCAAUUGUACCGUCCGGAGUUCCGAUGUCAAAAAGCGUUCCACAUACGCAAAAUGCAACACACGGUUUCUUUGCUUCACGCCGGUUUCUAGAAACCCCUUGUAUGCAAAUAGGUCCAUCAUGGAAGGUUUGGCUAUUCAGAUCACUUCCAGUCGGUCAAAGCGUUGAAGUUUAGAGUUGACGAGUUCUUGAGGACAGAAGUUAGAACACGGCCAGGCAUGCUAAAAAAUGUAUUAUGAGGCAUAACACCAGGAGCGUAAAAGAAAUCAGCUCAUUUACAACGGCUCUAGUUCAUGUAUUGUACAUGUGGUACCUUAUUAUUUCUUUUUAGGCGGAUGAGUUUAUGUUGGACAGCUUGAGAGAAGCUCUUGAUUUUGACAGUUCACUUUACACCCACCCGGUGUCAGUGGAAGUUCAAAAUCCAGCACAAAUAAACGAAAUUGUGGACAAGAUAACCUACCAUAAGGUAAGACGAGGUUUUUAACAUUUAAGUGCAGAUCGAGACUAAAGGAUGCAUUUUAUGGAUUAACGUUCUGAACUAAAAUCGCCAUGGCAUGAAACCACUGCAAUGUAUAUUGACCAAGCAAACUUUGAUUUCGGUGCCUGUUAAUUAUUGAUGCUGUAUCAUUAUCUCCACUAAUAAAGACGUAUUCGAAAAAUAUCUUUAUGUGCAGCCUUUAUGUAUAUACUAGAGCUGUAAGCAACCAGUUCAAAGGAGGCUGCUUUGGAUUCGGUAUCUAAUAAUAAAUGUUCGGGAAGGGUACAGCACAGAGGAGGAUAAAGGGGUGGGGCUGGGGGGGCGCCCCCCCUUAUUUUUAGACAAAACUGAGGCCUGAAGGACCGAAACAAUUUUUUGGAGACUGGGCUCUCCCUUAUCUAAGGGUCUGGAUCCGGCACUGCAGCAUGCUGAUGGAAAGCAAUCCGAGUCGUUCUUGUCUAUGUCAUCAUAAUCUAUUGUCAUUUAUUAUGGAAGCAAGAAAUGAAAGUAUCAGCAUUUAAUGAUUUAAUACUUCCUGACAUUUGUUUGUUUGCAUAGAGCUCUGCGCUAAUAAGAAUGAUGCAAAGCUUUCUUGGAGAUGAAACCCUUAGAAAGGGGAUCGAGGUAGGUUUCGCAGAAGGUUUUUUAUGCAAUUAGAAUUUUUUUCCCUUCAGACUUUCUGAUCAAAUGGCAAACAACGUCUUUGUUUCAUUCAUUUGAUACAGAUUUACUUACGAAAACAUCAGUUUGCUAAUGCAAAGGUCUCAGACCUGUGGAAAGCAAUGAGUGAGGUGAGUGUAGCGACAAUUCCCAACUUGCUUUUUCUGCAAAAACAAUAACAACAACGUCUUAUGAGUGUUAAUGCUAUUUCGUGUAAGCUAAGGUUUGUAAUAUGGAGUAUUUUUCUACUCUACCACUGGUCUUAGAGAUAUGAAUAUUUCUUUUAGAAUAAUAGUAUUAAGUCUUUAAGAUGGGAACGCAUUAAACAGUAGUGCCAUAGAGGUUAUGAAUUGCGCAGAUUAAGCAGUUUAUUCUCACUGUCUCUCAAUUCAUUCGCCGGCAGGCUUCAGGAAAUAUGGUAGACGUUGAAACAGUGAUGGAGUCUUGGAUAAACCAAGACGGAUUUCCUCUAAUAUCAAUUUCGAGAAACAAAGUCCAGAAAAAAGAUGGCAAACUGUCGUUCAUUGCAAAUCAGAAGAGGUUCCUCAGAGAUUUUACUUCGUCAAAGCUGGAAAACGACCAAUCAAAGGAGUAAGCGAUAGUUAUAAUAAACGUUUCUACAUCAAUGGUAAUUUUAAUUGCCUGAGGCCUUCCUUCAACUCCAAGGCUUUUCUUGACAAACACCCAAAUUUGAGUAAAUUUAAGUACCCCUAAUUUCCCACUUAACUAAGUUAAUUUAAGCAUAUGGAGAUGAAUAAACUUAAGGCGAUAAAUUUUACAUUCUCUGGUCCUUUUUGACUAGACGGGGAUGGUAUAUUCCGCUUACAUACAUUACUGAGGGCUCAGUCGGCUGUCCCAAAACUGUCUGGAUGAACAAGACUUCAUCAGGUAGGAAACUAAGAAAUGAUUAAUAACUUCUGGUCUAAACAGUAACAAUUAUAUGGGCAGCUAGCCAUGGCCAUAAGUUAAAAUAUUUUUGUAGCAGUUUUAUCUAAAACAAUCGGUUAAUAUAUUGUCUAUAACAAUAAGGCAGGAUAUUGUAUGCCCUGGUAUGACUUGAAAACAAAUACUUGUCAUAUAACACGUACUUUUUAUCCACAGUUACCUUCGAGCUUUCCAGCAACCCAUCUGGGUGGAUUAAGGCCAACGUUGGACAAACUGCUUUCUUUCGAGUCAAUUAUGAUGAGGAAAACUGGAAACGACUGAGUCAGCAAUUAAUUCAUAAUCACACGGUAAGUUUUUACGAGACGUCUAAACAAACGCGAUCUCUCCCAGCUCCCCAAAAAACGUGACACUUACAGGAAUAAUACAAAAGUAGGCUGAGUUUGAUCGUCCGGGUGAAUGUAGUCCUGAAUAGGACUGUUGUUGUUGACAGUGACUGAAGUUUCGACAACUUGUGCGGCAGUCAUCUUAAGAGUCAAAGUGAGUUGUAUCACGUCAGUUGAUGGUAUUAUACUCUUGUUAUUGAUCCGAUUGCUUAAUUACUUUGCCAUAUUAUUGGUCGUCUGUCAGUUAAGCCGUGAUGUUAUUGGCUAUGAAGACUCGUAAUUAGUAAUUGGUGCGUUUCGAUCCGUCCAUUGUCACAGUUAAACAGUCGUCUAUUGUUAGCCUAUUGACAGACGACCAAUAACAUCGCGACGUAAUUGACCAAUCAGAUCAGUAACUAGAGUAUAAUACCAUCAACUGACGUGAUACAACUCACUUUGACUCUGAAGAUGACUACCGCAUAGGUUGUCGAAACGUCAGUCACUGUAAACAACAACAGUCCUAUUCAGGACUACAUUCACCCGGACGAUCAAACUCAACCUACCUUUGAAAUGACUCCUGGGUUCAAACCUUUCACAGAAAUAAUACAAUUUACUGAAAAAGGCUUUUUUACGCAUUACAGGCGUUGAGUGAAUUAGACAGAAGUGGUCUUAUAGAUGAUGCUUUGAAUUUAGCAAGGUAACCCCAUUUAUAGUAAUUUUAUUGUUGUUUUAUGCUAAACAUUUAGUGUAGCAUCACAUAAUCAUCAAAUGCAUAACCCUGAAUUUGCACUAAUGAUCUUUCCAACAACUCGGCCUUGUUAUAUCAUUUUGCCAAUCAAUGACCCCAACACUAGUAGCUAUGAUGAAACUUAUAGUCCCGCAACAGCAAAUCGACACCAGCUCUCAACUGAUGAAGAUCAAUAAUCCUACCAGAGUGAUUAUCAUGAGACAAACUCUGAGCCCUGCUAAGGCAAGGUCAUCUUCAUUUUUAGGCUGUUAACUUGAAAUUAUUUGGGUUCAAUGUAACGCAGUGCUUAAGCGCAUUUUCUCGUAAUCCAUUUGUUUAUUCCCUUUACUCUUUUUUUCAGGGCGGGUGUCCUUGAUUACCCCAUUGCCUUGCACAUGACAGAAUACAUAAGAAAUGAGCGAAACUACGUCCCAUGGGCCGUCAUGCUGCGUUCGUUGUCUUACAUUGACGCGAUGCUCACAUUGAGAAGAUCCUACAAGUUUUAUCAAGUAAGUAAAAUUAACACUAAUGUUAACGAUCAACUGCCUUUUUUUCUGCCACGUGUUAUUCUACCAGGGAGGUUAGUUUCUGCGCUGUUGGCAGAAGAUAUUUCGUGACAUGGGUAGCUUGCGAAUUUAAUUAAUUAGGGGGUAUGGACCAGAUGAGAAAACUAGACAGGGCGAGCAGACGGAAGGAGAGGGAAAGAGAGUCCUUCCUCACCACGAUUUCCCUGUGGCCUGUUCACAGGAUAUACAUAUGUACAUAUUACAAUCGAAAGACCGUGUAGGGGGAAUCCGAUUUGUUGAAUCACGAGUAUGAUUACGAACCAAAUUGGACGGCAGGAAGUUCUGUUACCAAACAAUCAUAACUUUAACAAAAAUUGUGAUAAUUUAAGCUUUUUGAAAUAUUAAAACACAAGAUCUUCUAAGAGGUUUUUUGCUAGAGGUGAAAACAAAAAUCCAUGCAAGUGUGCUCUUUUGAUGGCUCGUGCUGUCCAUUUACUUAGGCAUUAUGCAUAUUGUCCUAUUACCUAUACACUGUCCUAGAAAUGCUAAAAUCAGUGCUGCUGAGAGCCAAUCAGAUUUAAUUUUCGUAUAGUGAUGAUUAACAUCUAGACUAAAUAAAAUUGAUACAGAUUCCGGAUUCGUCAACAUCCAAAAAUUUUAGAGGUCGACAAAAAGUAUUCCGAUGAUUACAGGCGUGAGAAUUGUCCAAAAGUUCCUAAAAUUACCCGGUUCACCUCAAAUAUUGAUAAAAAUGGGAAACUGGAAGACGACACAGGAAUUUUAAUAACUUUGACUGGUAAAAGCUGUUCUCGUAAUAGUUUUUCUCAACUAUCAAAAUUACAUUGGAUGUUCCCAGUAGCCAGAAUAACCCACACCCAUCCUUUUUUUUUUUGCAAUACUAAUUGUUUUUUUUCGAUUACAUUACUUUUUCGGCCCAACAAGCAAUUCAUAGUGGAAAAAUUGGGGCCACUUAAAGAUUCUUUAGGUUGGGAAGAUUCAGAUGAACUGGUUGACAGGUCAGUAUGAAAACUCAGGCCUAAAAUUAUUUCCUUCUUGGGCCAGAAGAUUUGUUAUUUUUUCCUGGUAAUAUCAAUGACCAAUAAUUGUUCACCUUGACUGCUAACAUAAUGUCAGCCUAAGAUAAAAGGAGACACCACUAGUGGCGUCUGGGGAACAAGCGCAGCAAUUGUAUACUGAUGACGUAUCACUACCCAGAUCUGAGUAGGGCUCCUGAUUGGUCCGUCCAGCGUGGGAAAUUUGUUUUGUCCAAUCAGAGGCAAUGCCCAGAUCUGAGCGGUGAUGCACCAUCAGCAUGGAUUUUCUGCUCUUGUUCCUUAGACUGAAUGUCGGCUGUUUUGUCAGGCUACCAUACGUGUUCAAAGAUCGACGUCCUAUUUUUAUCCUGGUACGAAAGGCGUCAGAUAAUUGUAAGGUGUUGUAAUAGAUAUCCGCUAGAAGGGCUACCGUUCCGCCUAUCAUUUGGAUACAAAAAUACGUUUUGUUUCUUUUUUUUUUUCAGGGUUUUUCGUGAGCUAAUGGUUUCUACACUCUGUUUUCACAACGAUGAGGACACUGUGAACAAAUUAAAGCUGUUAUUCAGUGAUUGGAUGAAGACUAAUGGGUAUGUAUGAUCAAGCAAGUCACUUUGUGAACAUUUUAAAAUCUUUUUUGUGCAAUAUCUUUGCUUUAUUGCCGUAAUCAAUGCGACCCCCGAUCAAAAUGAUGGCCAUGGCCCAGGGGAGUACUCCGGAUUUCAAGUGACGGGGAUGAUCGAAUGGGCGUGAAAAUCAAAACCCCCAGAAAAGCCCUAGUGCUUCCAACAAAACCAACCCAUUUCUGGACCAAAAAUUAACCCCAAAAAAAUGCCAUGCCGAAUUUCCGAGCCGUAAAGAUUUCCAGAAAGCAUUAAAUCAUAUAGCACGAAAACGAAAAAUAAAUUGGAAAUUGAAUGUUUGUGUUUACGUCUCGUAUACGAGGGCAGUACCACGAAUCUUCAGGCUGUUUUGAGUACCCCCAAAAGAUCCCUUCUUAAAUCAAGCCACCCAAAAAAAUACUUGCCAAAUUUUCCUACCCAAAAAAAUACUUCGAUCAUCCCCGUCACUUGGAAUCCGGAGUACCCCAACUGGGCGUACAGGUUUGUUUAAAAUUACUCAAACUCCGCAAAAUUUAAAGUACGUGUCUUACUUCGAUAGCCAAAAUGAAAAUAUAGUGUCCAAUAAUGUUAGAAAAAUCGGGUCAACCUUUUCAAGUUAAACUCUUUUGUUAUCGAAAAUAUGCCGCCAAAUUAAUUGUAACUGGUUUUUCUUAGAAAUAAAAAAUUAAUUAGUACACUGUUUUUCUUUAUUUCUUUUUUGACCAACAAAAAGGAAUCUCAUCAUAACUCGGACCCUAAAUUUGCCAUUCUGCCGUAAAUGACACUGCUCCUUUUCUUAUUUCCAUAGUAUGUACAGUUUUUACCCUAAAGUUUUUUAUGCUUUCAGAACUCAGUCAGUCCCAUCGCACCUUCGAAAGACAAUGUACAUCGUUGCUGUAAAGUAUGGAGGAGAAAAAGAGUGGGAAUUCUUCUGGAGAAAAUACAAGCAAUGUAAGAAUGCCGCGCAGAGGGAAAAAAUUAUCACCGCCCUUGGGUCAGCUAAAAGCAAACAACUUUUAUACAGGUAUGGCGUUUAAAUCUGGUAGAAAAACUAUUUUCGUUUCUUGUUAUCAGGGGCAUCCAACAGGUAUUUUCCGUGAAUUAUCUGUUCGGAAUGAAGGUCGGCUAGAAUUUUCGAAUAUUCGACUUUCCAUUUCGACCACGUUAACUAUUGAGUAAACUAAGAUUUUCGGCCUUUUUCUGAACAGAAUUCCUAGAUAUUCCGGAAAUUGUUUGAAGCGCGCCUUGGAAUGCCGAAACCGCAUUCCUGCUAGAAUUUUCGCCACAAAAAUAGACCUAAAAUGACCUUAAACUUUCGAUAGAAAGGUUGUGUAUUAGCAUGCAAGGAAAUUCUUGAGAAUGUUCAAAUAUGAGAUUUAGAGUGCUCUAAUAUAAAGAAGAAUAAAAUUUAAGAUUCUUUUAAAAUAAGAUUCAGGCCCUCCUUUUGACCAACAGAUGACAGAUAGUUGUUAGAUGAGCGGUGGCGGUAUGCUGUCUUUCGCGUUUCUUUCUUUUUACCUGUCGCACGACUGAGACGAUCUCACGAGUUCUUCACCUAUUUCGAUCGACCCAAAAUGAUACAAGAUUGACGGUUAUCAGGAGGACACUGGUUUUCAAAUUUAAAAAUACAACUUUGGGUUUUGUUCAUAUAACAGUGCCUUUUUUUUAAAACUGUGCUAUUUUAAUCUAUAGCGUACUUAGUUGUCGCAUCAUAGCGUCUGCAAGUUUAUUCUUAGCGGAGAGGGCUCUGGUGACAAGGUUUUCAGUCAAACUGAAUCGAAUGGAAUUUCGCCUCCACUGACUUCGUUACCCUUGUCCAGGCGAACGAGCCAGUGAUCCUUGGUGCCGCGAUCAAAAGCUCGCAGCCUCUGGGAACGAUAUUGAAUCGAAUGUUACCUCCCUUAGAUCGUUAGAGGUAAACGUGCGUAGUCGGGUUUUGAGUCAGCGAAGAAAAAAAUCACAGCAACACAGACACCUAUAAAGGUGGCGACCGUUCAGCGACCCCAUACAAAAACCUUCUGCAUAGGCAAAGUGUUUAAUUCAAUGUUAAUUUUUAGGUUGCUGAAGCACGCUUUAGAUGGCCGAAUAGUACGUACACAAGACAUGAUUCAAAUCAUUGGAACUGUAGCAAGCAACGCCAAAGGUCGCCUUUUGGCGUGGAAAUUUUUUAAAAGGAACCACGAAAAAAUUACUAAACGGUAAGGUGAACAAGAAAAAUAGAUAGCCUCGUCUCUUUUUCUCCUUCUCGCCGCUUUGCAAGUUAUGAUGACCGCCUACAGGUUCAAGUCUCGCCUAGGAUGAAUGGUGGACGGCAAUUUUAGACUAUUGUGACAUCAAUCGAGUUACCGGCGUAGACAGCGGGUUUUGAUUACGUAAUUUACAAUGAGCGACUUUGUCGAGACUUUCGAGUGUUUGAUGGUUAGUUUGACGAUGCCAGUGUCCUGUUUUAUUUCUGUAGUAUUUUGAUCAAAUAAAAAGUAUAUUAUUGACUUUAAUAACAUGACCCACUUAAUACGGACACCCCGUUACGGUACUAGUUAUUUCUUAGCAUUUUUACAAAAGGGAAGCUUGAAAUUCUUUUGAAAUUUUCACUUUCAUUGGCGAUUAUUAGAAGGGAAAGGGGUAAGUUACAUGUAAGUAGUUUAGUAUUCUUGUUUCUCUCGAUUCAGAAUUAACUCUUUAUUCUUCACGCUUGGUAAAGACUCAAGAGCUGUAAUGUUUUUGUUGGAAAGAGUGACAGAGAAUCUCAAUACAGCAAAACUCUUGAAAGAGGUAAGGUUUUGAAAACAGAUAUUACAGUGGUACUCGACAGAAUAUCUGCAACGUAAAUUUGAUAUUCUUCUUAUUUAUUUAUCCCCAAAACCCACGAAAUCUGAGAGGCUUCAUUGUUGACAUUAAAAAAAUUAAAAUUAUCUGCAGGUGAAGGAUUUCAUUCAAAGACAUCACUCCAUGUUUUCGCUGCAAUCUAACAAGAAAAUACUUGAAACAGUUAAGUGUAACAUUCACUGGAUGGCCACAAAACUGACGUCGGUGGAAAAUUGGUUUGAGGGUCGAUAUCGAAGACAAAAACAAUUAUAA